AUGUGUGUCAUCUGCCUCGAAGACCGACCCAUCGAGCGCGCCCACCGCUGCCAACGCUGUGAUACCAACUGCUGCAACAACUGCUUUGGCUCGUACUUGACGCACAAGAUCGACGAUGGCGACGUCGCGCCGCACCAACUCGUGUGCCCCGGUUCAUGCCGGCAACCGAUUCCACGGGCCGUCCUCGCCCAGUUUGUGUCACCGAGCUAUCUCCAAAAGUACAUUCGGUUCCUCACUGCGUACGAGCUCCGCCAACGCGGUCAUCGGUACUGCCCACGACCCCAAUGUGGCCAGCUACUGCCGACGUCAACCUCCCACAAGACGAAAACCAAGCGCCGCGUCGACUGCCCGAGUUGCCAGCAGUCGUCGUGUCGCGACUGCGGUGGCGGCUACCACCGGUGGCCGCAGUGUGACCGACAGUAUCGAUCGUGGUGCCACGCGCAUGCUGCGCAGCGCUGCCCCCAAUGUUCCACGACGAUUGAAAAGGACGGUGGUUGCAGCCACAUCAAGUGCACAUAUUGUCACUACGAUUUCUGCUGGCGCUGCCGCGUCAAGUGGGCCGACCACAACCACACGCUGUGUCUGCCGGUCGCAUGCGUGCGCUCGACGCACUGGGCCUUUGGUCCGAUCGCGCCUCGGGCUCCGUCGCGGUAG